CGGAAGACUUCCUUAAUUUUCACCAGAGAUCAACAACGCAUUUAGCUAGCUAUGUAACUUCAUUCACCAUGCCAGAAGUACACUUUGAUUAGCCAGCAGAGAGACUACUACUCCAUCACUCCAUUGUCCAUUCACUUCAGGUCUGGCAAAAGUAGGACCAAAGAAAUCUACCCUGCAAGCUAGCUAACCACAGUAUACGUCCCGGGACUCAAGUGAGAGGAGCAACAUGCCCAAGGACUCUGACAAACCUGGGGGUGGAGAGGACAGAACUGACUCCUCUGAACAGUCUCAUAGUAAGAGAGUCCGGAGAGGCACACCUAGUCCUCACAGAGGGAGCACCCCACAAUCCAGCCCACCAAGAUUUGUGUCAGUGGAGGAGCUCAUGGAGACGGCGAAAGGUGUGACCAACAUGGCCCUGGCCCAUGAGAUCGUAGUGAAUAAUGACUUCCAGGUGAAGCCCUCAGAGCCAGCAGAAGGAAGUUUGGAAAAAAGAGUGAAGGAAAUUAUGCAUAAAGCAUUCUGGGACGUUCUAGAGGCACAACUGAGUGAGAACCCGCCAUCAUAUAAUCACGCCAUCAAACUUCUUGCUGAGAUCAAAGAGACUCUGCUGUCCUUUCUGCUUCCGGGUCAUGGUCGGUUGAGGGGGCGAAUUGAGGAGGUGCUAGACCUCUCUCUGAUCCAGCAGCAGGCAGAGAACGGAGCUCUGGACAUCAGUAAGGUGGUUGAGUUUGUCAUUGGUAUGAUGGGUUCACUCUGCGCUCCGAGCCGGGAUGAGGAAAUCCGGAAGCUUCGGGAAAUCACAGAUCUUGUGCCUCUGUUAAAGGCGAUAUUUCCAGUGAUGGAUAAAAUGAAACUUGAUAUGGCCAAUUUUGCCGUCAGCAGUAUCCGACCUCACCUCCUGCAGCAAUCCGUGGAGUACGAACGGAAGAAAUUCCAGGAGUUUGUUGAAAAACAACCCAACGCCUUAGACUUCACUGAGAAGUGGCUUCAAGACUCUGCUAAAUGUGUACUUCAUGAAGAUCAAGCGGGUGGGGCGGGUAGUUUACCCACUCCUCUCGCUGUGCACAACCAUGCUUACCUGCGUCUGCUUAAAUGGAACCACGCCUCUGAUCCUUUCCCUGAGACUCUUCUCAUGGACCAGGUGCGUUUCCAGGAAAUGCAGCAGGACUUGGAGCAGCUGGUUCUGGUGGCGUCUGUGCUACUCAUAGUGUACAACACCACGGGAGAGGCCAUCUCAGGCCUGCCAGGCCUUAUGGACAGACUGAAGAGGACCAUCGGGGUUCUGCUCACAGAGACGCACAUGCCGUCUUUCAGUGCAGAUGAAGCCUUGGCUACCAUUGGAGAGAGGAUGUGUGUGGAGCUAAGUGGAUGUCUGUCUGAACAUGGCUUCUCCCCGUUCUCCACCAACCGGCAGAGCAUUCUAAAAGGCCAGAUCUCGGCUGUUACUCUCCCAGACAACGCCAUCCGCAGGCUUAUAGGCUCCCGCAUCCAGACUUACUUGCUUGCCUUCCUGGAGUCCAGUCACAGGAGUGCUCCAACCCUGCCAGGGGGCCUAGCUCCAGUCAGCAAAGAGCUGGAAGAGAUUGCCAUGAAGUUUGGCCGUCUGGUCCACUUCAACAAGUUGGUUUAUUCCCCUUUCUACCAAAAGAUCCUUCAGGAGAUUGUGCAAGAAGGAGAAAGUCAUGACACCUAGGCUUUAACACUGAACUGUUAAUUAAAAUGGGAUUACUGUAGGUUAUCCAUGCUUUCCAUUGUAUGGCUAAAGAUAAUGUAAUAAUGACAGUAUUGUACAAUGCCAGUAUUAAUUGAUAUGAAAAUACUUAUACACAAGCGCUGUUGCAUUCACAUGUUACUUAUUUGAUGAUGGUGCCUCUGUUUCUGGAUUGGUACAACAAACACGGGUAAAAAAAGGCAUACAAAACGGCAUGUUUUCUUUUACUUGCAUUAAAUAAGGAGUUCUGUGAUAGCAUCUGGAAACUAUUUGGUACAGGCUACUCAUGAAUUGAAUUGCUUAAAAAAAAUAUACAACAAGAUGUAGAAUUUAUUCCCAGAAGAUAACACUAAAAAGUAUUCCUUAAUACACGUUUCCAAAGUGGUCCUCGAUGGUAAAGGGGAGAACAUAAGAGGACUUUUUGUGUAGAGACCCUCCUUGUUGGAUAUUUAUUUCCACUGUAAACUGCUAUGUAUACUGUAAAGCACACAUCGCUACCUAGGUUUCCAUCCAAUUGGCGACAGUUUCAUGCGAAUAUUUUAAAAUCUGCAUAAAACAAUAUGCACAUUUUCCCAACAGAGAUGUGUUCCCAUCAAAUUGACAGACAAAAGGCUGUGCGUGAUGAUGUAGUGCAACUGAAAAUAGCUUUUGCGGUUAAAUUCCCAUGUACCGAAUAAAAAUAAAAAUAAAUAAACAAGUUAAAUGGGUUUCCAGCGCAUUUUCAACUCUACUGAUGGUUUUCACACACAAAAUGUUGGAUUAUAUAGUGAGUGUGCCCACUCUGGUAUUGGCAUCGCUGUUGGCAAGCCCGCAUGUUUAGUUUACAUGAUGAGAUUAUUAGGACAAAAGAGCGAGAUUAUCUGAUAUAUCUCAAACGGCAGACAAGCAUUGAUGACCAUGUCACCAGAAUAAGACCCUCGAUGUUUAUUGGAAAGGAGCAUCAAGCUCACCACCUUGCACUUUCACCACCCUGUGAACUUCAUCACUAAUUCACAAUUUAUUUGAUCUUUAGCCUAAUAAACUGCAUGCUUUCCCUACGAGUCGUAGUGGGAGGACCACAACAUGUCAUCGUUUGACUCCAAGUUUACUUUGAUGUGAUGGUUAUUAUAUCAAUAUUUGCGCAUAAGUGUUUCCAUUGAUAUUUCUCUCAUAAUUCAUUAUACCAACACAAAUUCCACCUUGUCUAGCAUCUUUAGGCCUGUCAUAAAUUUUUUUUAUCUGACAUGUACUUUACUUGCAUAAAAAGGUUGGAUGGGAACCUGGUUAUUGACAGUGAUCAUGAUUGGUGCCUUGCACCUUCAUGUGACCAGCUGUAGAUUCAUGAUUUGGUAAUUGUUCAAACAUGUUAACAAUUUUAAUGAAAGGACAAAAGGUAAUACUGAACCAUACAAUCAAUCAAAUGUAUUUAUAAAGCCCUUUUUACAUCAGCAGAUGUCACAAAGUGCUAUACAGAAACCCAGCCUAAAACACCAAACAGCAAACGA